AUGCCUCCAAAGAGAAAGACAAAGCCCUCAAGAAUAAAAUGGACGGAGUCGAUGAUAAACGAUCUUUUCGAAUGUCGUACAAGAGCUGUGGAGACAAGCAGACUUAACGACACGUCCAAUGCAGAGCGAUACGGAUAUAUGAAGAUUAUGAAACAACUAUGGGACGAGAAAGGGUACUCCUCGCUUUGUCUUACGGGUCAGAAUUUGUGAGAUACGGUAGCUCGUUAUGAGAAGAAACAACGAUCUGGUGAUGCUAGCAGAACUGAUGUGAAUAAUGAGUUAAACCAACAACAAAUCGAUGUUGCUCAAGAAAAUACUGGAAGUUUACACCCAGUUGUUGUUGACGAAAUAUGUAACACAGCAGAAAUUUGCAUUGAAAGAAGCCAAAUAGAUCAGUCGGAAAUUCCCAACAGAAUAUACAACACUAUAGAAAUCAAAGAAGCCAUACAUAUCAGUGAAAAUAAUGACAUGGCACAUAACGAUGGAACUAAUUAUGUGCGUGAGGAUGAGCAGAUUUUCAUGUGGAACGAAAUAAAUGGUACCGACUUUUGCGAUAUGAUAAAUGAUGCAUACGAAAAAAUUGUUCCUUGGAAACGUAAUGUCUUUCUAGUGCCAUCAGGCAGAGUUGGAAAGUCGUUUAUACAAGAAUUGGCAAGAAUUUAUCAAGCCUUUGCUGAUACUAGCCCACUCGAAUGUAUUGCUUUGAAAGCGUGCUCAGUCAUGCAAUCGUUAUUACUACAAAAGCCUUUUGUUAAAAGUAAGGCAAAAGAUCAUGUCAACUAUUUAGAAAGACGGUUGAAACAAUGGCUAAAAGGAGAUAUAAAAGCACUUGUUAAUGAAGGGAAAUGUAUUCAAAGGCAUUUAAUUUCUCAAACAAAUAUUCCGUUUGAAUAUGAGAAGUUACGCGUGGGUUUAGUCGUCUUAUGUUGCAAGGGAAGGUUCAUCAAGCCGUCCGUUUGAUUUCUAUCGCUGACAAACGUGGCCUUCUUUCACUUGAUGCUUUAAUACCUGAUGUAGAUAGCAAUGGCAAUGCUAUCUGGAAAACUACGAGAGAGAUAUUGCUGGAGAAACAUCCCGAAGGAAAAACACCGUUACGACAGAAACGCUUCUAUCGGAUACCGAGUUUGAGUAAACAUGUUUUGAUCCCAUCAUGUUUGAACGAUUAA